UAUUUGGUUCUGGACAUUGUAUAUUUGCAGCCAACGUCUGCAAUAUAAUCCUCUUCAUAUCAUCUUCUCUUUGCCAUUCCUCUGAUAACCUCCAAUCACACCUCACCGGUGUUAGCCACGACAAACAGUGGAAGGAGAAGCCCUACGCACCUGCAGCAGCGCGACGAAUCGAACAUCUACCACACAGAUUUGCGUCGCACAACACCUCCAUUACAGAUCUUGCGUUUGUGAUAGAUAGUGAUAUCACUUUCAAGAGUAAAGAAUGGGUGACAAGAAGAAAAAGGCUCAGAUGUUUGUGAAACUAGUGUCUGCUGCCGGCACUGGGUUUUUCUAUGUAAAGAGGAAGCCGAGACAGUUCACAGAGAAGCUUGAGUUUCGAAAAUUUGAUCCUAGGGUUAAUCGUCAUGUUCUCUUUACAGAGGCUAAGAUGAAGUGAUUUGGUACCUUGUAUGGCUUCAUUUCCCUUUAACUGGAUCAUUCUUAUACUUCUCUCAAAGGGUUUUCUAUGUUUUUGUUGAUUUACCUUGAUUUAUGUAGUUCUGGGUUAGAUUUGUUCGGUUUAGAUUAGGAAAUUACCUAAAUAAGAGAGGAUUGUGGCAGCUUUGUGUUAGAGUUUUGUAAUGAUUGUUUCAGAACAGAAUCGAAAGACCAAUUAUGUUGGGUAGUUGA